CACAACGCGGCGAAACACCAUAGCCAAUUGCGUGUGCGCGUGGCUUGUUCGCUUCGCAGCUGCCUACCUACGCACAUAUGGAUACCAGCUGUUAUCCAGGGACAAGUUCUUCAGGAACGGAGCGACGCUGAUCAAGGGCGCGACGCACGUGUUGAACGCCAAAAGGGCUUUUGCUUUAUGCAUCACGCAUUGCUGUUGCUCUUCGCCAUCGGCCAUCGGCGCAGCCCCCUCGCUGUGCUUUAAGCGCUUCUAGUGUUCAAGCGGUGAAAUUAUGCAGGCGCCUGCACCUGUGCCAAGGGAUGUGCUUUUGGAGACCGUAGUACCGGAGGUGGGCACCUUGCCACGGCCUUCUCUUGCCGUGGGCAUCCCAGGCACGCCGGGGCUGCGGCCGGACAAAACGCCGCCUGGGCACACCAGCGCUGCAGCCGGCUCCCUCACGGCUGAGAAUGCUGGGGCUGGUGACACUGGGAGCUCAGGCAGCAUUACAGCCCUCCGCGGCUCCUUGUCCGCGGCUCCUUGUCCGCCCGCUGCCGGCGGCAUAAGCUCAGCCCUCGCUGCUAGCAAAGCCGCCGCAGCCGCCGCUGCCGCAGCAGCAGGCGGUGCCAAAACGCUUCCAAUGUCUGCAAGCUUUCUUACCAAUGGCACCGCAAAUAAUGGAGCGGGAGACGCCAUUCGCACGCCCCGGAAACGUGUGGAGUGGCAGCUGGAGGAGCCGUCAGGCGCGCCACAGGCCGUGGGAGGCCGCGCAAUCCCAACACCGGGGACGGGCUUCCAUCACGGCCCAGACAGCAGCGCUGACACGCCGCCGCCACCGGCGCUAUCAUCCUCUCUGUCUAGAAGCUUUGGUGCGGGGCUGCCAUCCUGGCUGCAGGACUUAGAGCAGCGCCAGCUGCAACAGCCGCCGGGCUCACCGCGCGUCGGCGGGCUCCCAGGCGGCACCGAGGCGCUGCUGGCCGCGCGGCCACGCAGCCAUGCCCCAGCAGCGACGCCGGCUGCGCAGCCAGCGGUCGCGCCCGCCUCGCUGCCAGGAGUGCUGCACCAGCCGCCCGCGGCGCUGCGGCCGCAGGAUGGCCCGGCGCCCUCGCCGCCCGGGUGGCCGGCUCAGCAGCCAAGCCUUCGGCCGCUCCCCCAGGCGCCACAGCUCCCCGCGCCGGCCUCUCAGCAGCGUAUCUCUGCCUUCCCGCUCCCGCCUCAUCCAGCGCCGCAGCCUGCAGGGCUCCUAGGCGCAGGGGCCGCCCUAGCGGGCGCACUGCCGCCGCCGCCGGCUCCUCACCAGAUUGCGCCACCCGGAUACCUGCUGGUGCCGCACCCGCACCCGCACCAGGGCCACCAGCCGCCGGCGCAGCCGCCGCCCGCCCUGCUUGCGCAGGCGCAGGCGCCUCAACCGCCGCCGGCACAGCGUGCUGGCCUGCCAAUGCCACAACACGCAACAGCCAGGACUGGUAGCCACGGCGGCUCCGCUUACGGUCUGGCGGCGCCGCACCACCGCAUGCCCCAUCACGGCCACAGCCACCAUCACCACAACGCUUCGCAGCACCGGCACCACCAGCAGCAGCCUCUGGAACCAAGGUCCUCCGGCUAUGUAACUGACGCGGAGGCCGGCGGCGUGAACGGCGGCGACGGCGGCUUAGAGGUCGAGUCUGCGAGUGGCGGUCGCGGCGCCGCCGCGACGCUGAUGCGUGUGGGGAGCGCGCCGGCGCGCGGUCGCAGCGGCCUCCCGCGCGUGUCCAGCAUCAGUGAGAUUGAGCCUCACGUGGAGGAGGAGGCUCCUCGGCUGAGCAGCAGCAUGCUGACGCGCGCCAUUAUGAUCCCCGGCGGCUCCGACCGGCCGCGCACUUACCGAGUGGCACCCGCCAAGAGCCAGGGCAGCCAGGACAGUGUCACGGUGGUGCUGGAGGGCGCGGAGGAGCAGGAGGCAGCUGCGGGCGCGUACGGUGGCGUUGGCGGUAGCGUCCGUGGCGGCCGCGGCUUACUGAGCGGCCUGGGCAUCGGCCAUGCCGGCAGCAACUACCCAUCCUAUGGCAGCAGCCUGCCUGGCAGUGGCGGCACCGCCGCCGUCGUCCUGGGCGCCGGCACCGGCGCCAACGUGCCGGCGCCAAGCAGUAGCUUCCUUGGCGGCAGCCUGCUCAGCGGCCUGUUUGGCGGGCGCGGCGGCGGCGGCGGCGGCUCCGCCGCCGGCGGUGCUGCCGGCGCCGCUGUCACGCCUGAUAGCAGCGUGCAUGGGCCAGACAGCUAUUACGGCGUGCCUGAGCCGGCGUUUGGCAGUCUCCCCACCUCCUCUGCGCUGCUGCGCGCUCGCGGCCUCAACGCCAGCGCCGGCUCCAUCCUUACAAAGGCCACCGGCGGCCUCAAGACGCAGAUGAAGAAGUCAACCAGCAGCGGCAACUUCGGUUCCCUGUGGCCGCAGCCGCCACCGCCGCCACCGCCGGCGGCGGCGGCACAGCGGAAUGCUGGCGGCGGCGCGGCUGGCGUGCCGCUAGGAGCGGGACCGGGAGCAGGCUUAAGCGGGGCUGCAGGCGGCGGGCGUGCGCCGCGCAGCAGUGUGACGGGCGGCAGCGGCGGCAGUAGCGCGGGCACGAGUGCGGGCGGCAGCGGGCUAGGCUUCUGGAUGCGCCGCUCAACCACCCUACCACACAGGACUAGCGGCCCGGGCGCGGACAGCGCCGCCAGCGGCACAGACGGCAGCACGCACGGUGGCAACGCCUCGCGUCGGGGCGCCGUGCCCGUGUCUGUGUCACGUCAGAACACGGAGCCGGACCUAGCAGACCUGGCCAUGCUCGCCACCUCCCUGCCCGCCAGCCUGGGCACCUGGAGCAUGCCGCGCAGCAUGGCACUGGCCACCAGCCCCGCGCACGCCGCCGCCGGCUUCGCCGGCCGCCCGCUCAGCCGCGCCAACAGCACCGUCAGUGCCACCAGUGCCGGCGCCGGCAGCAUGUUCGGCGCCGGCAGCGGCAGCCUCAGCAUGGGCCACGGCGGCGGCGGCGGCGGCAUGGGCUUGGGCGGCGGGGGCAGCGGCGCGGGCCCCAGCACCAUGGGGCCGCCCACCUACCCCAUCUGUCUCAUCUGCCUUGAGGUGCUGACGCCCGAGGAGUUUGAGAGCGGCGAGGCCAUCUCGCUGCAGUGCCUGUGCAAGGGCGAGGUGUCGCUGCGGCACCGGCGCUGCGCCAUCGAGUGGAGCCACCAUAAGGGCGACGUGGUGUGCGACAUCUGCAAGCAGCCCAUCGCCAACCUGCCGCCCAUACCCGACGAGGUGCUGGCGGCGCGCGAGGCGGCGCGGCGGCGGCGGCAGCCCGCCUUCAACACCGCCGCCGAACCCAACCUCGCGGACCACAUUUUCGACUGCAUCCGCGCCACCUGGGUCGCCAUGAUCAUUUGCGUGCUUUUCUUUGACAUGACCGUGGGCCAGGCAUUCAUGGUGGGUGCGAUCAUAGGCGUGGCAUUCGCAACGGUCACCAUGACCAUCGCGGCGUGCGCACGGCGCGCACGCGCGCGUGCCGCGGCGCGUGCCGUAGAGCGCGCGACAGAGGAGAGCCGCGCUGCGGAGCGGCGCCAGCAGCAGCAGCAACAGCAACAACAACAGCACCGUGGGGGCACAGGUGAUGGCGGCGCCGCUGGAGAGCCGUCCCUCACGACCCCUCUGCUGUCCGAGAACGUCUGACCAGUUGUGUGCAGCACGGCGCGGGCUGCCAGUGGAUGAGUGCUUGCGGACACAUCUGUGUGCUGGGAAGGUCAGGCGGGCAAACAGGAGCGACAGCCCAGGCUAGGGAUGAGUCACCUUUGAUUAGGGGCACCUUGGUAGUCUGUUGGCAUCUACAGAGGACGAGGAUGUUGACAUGUUACGGUCGGUCGGUUCUUGCCCAUUCAGGAUGCUGCAAGAAAGCAUUGACAGGCAGUCGGUGGGGGCGCAACGGGACUUUCUCUUGGUUAUGCUGCAAAACAUUGUUAGUUGGUGUAGUGUCCGAGCAUCGCAAUAUGGAUUUGAUGUGUGCGUCGAGGUGAUGAAGUUUGAGGGAGCAGGGCAGGGGCAUGCAGGCCCCCUGGCCGACCAGCCUUCUGUUGAAAGUAAGGGCUGCGACAG